AUGGCGCAGCAGAACAGAAUUGACAAGGGCAUCGCGCCAAACAUCGAUGUCAAAAACCUGAGCUACGCGUUCCCAGACGGAAGCAGCGGGCUCAAAGAUGUUUUUCUGGAGUUGCCGCCGGGGAGCAGGACGCUUUUGAUCGGAGCCAACGGCGCAGGCAAAACCACGCUCCUCCGUCUCCUCUCGGGCAAGCGCAUGGCCCCCGCCGACACCGUCCACAUCGCAGGUGUCGACCCUUUCAAGCUCGGUCUCGAAGGCGUGACAUACCUCGGCCUCGAAUGGGUGCUCAACCCCAUCGUGCGCUCCGACAUCGACGUCCCCACACUGCUUGCUUCCGUCGGCGGAAACAGCUGGCCAGAGCGCCGCGACGAGCUCGUGCGCAUUUUGGAUAUCGAUUUGAGCUGGCGCCUGCACGCUGUGAGCGACGGCGAGCGGAGGCGCGUGCAGCUUGCGAUGGGGUUGCUGAGGCCGUGGACGAUCUUGCUGCUUGAUGAAAUCACGGUGGAUCUGGAUCUGCUUUCGCGCAGCAAUUUCCUCAAUUUUUUGAAGAAAGAGACGGAGACUAGGCCUUGCACUAUCGUGUAUGCGACGCAUAUCCUGGAUAACCUCGCGAGCUGGCCGACGCACCUCGUGCACAUGUCGCUCGGCCGUGUGAAGAAGUGGGGCAGCAUGGAGGAGAUGAAUGUUAGAACGGCAGAAGACGAGCGAGUGAACAGCGGGAACAGCCAGUUGGGAGAACUAGUCUUGAGGUGGCUACAGGAAGAUUUGGACGAGAGAGGUCCGAGGAAUGCGAGGACGCAGGGGAAGACGUACGAGAGUCUGGAAGGGAAGGGCGGGUAUGGUCUGGAGAAGAGGCCCGCCAAAUGA